UGCCUUUCAGAUGCCUUUUGUUUUUUAAAUCAGAAUAAAAUUGGCAUUUACUAAAAUUGUAAUGCCUAUUUUUAAAAUUUUUGUAGAAAACCAAUUCUUAUUAUGGUUUUAGAAGAUACUGCAGCAGGUUGCGCUUAGGGGAUCAUAUUUUGUCACCACCAUGUUCAAGCGGAGUUGCACCCUUUUGGAAGGCAUACCAAAGAUACAGGUGGCUCAAUGGCUGGCCAAGAUAGAUACCUUCAUCUUUGGAACGAAUGGCAUACUUUGGAAUGGAAAUGAGCCCGUUGAGAACGCCAUCGACACCUUCAACAUGCUCAAGAUGAAGGGAAAGCAAGUUCUGAUAGUCACCAACGAUUCCAUGCUACAGUCUUCGGAGUUGGUAAAAAAGGCCAAAAAUAUGGGAUUCCUUGUCGAGAAGAACGAAGUCCUGACAGCGGCGGGCUUAGUGAUAAAUUUUCUAAAAGAUCAGGGCAUCGAGGGGAAGGUGCUGGUGUGCGGUAGUAAAUGCUUGGAGCUUGAGAUAAUGAACGCAGGUUUUUGCACUGACGUUGACAACCUCAUCCCGGAGGGAAAAACCGCCUUCGAACAGGCCCAGAAUACUAUUAUUGAUAAGAAAGUUAGUGUUGUGCUGAUUGGGCAGGACUGCGAUAUGGAUUCCAAAAAAAUGAUCGUAGCCUGUAACUAUCUUCUUAACACAAACGUUCUUUUGGUGGCCACCAGCAUGGAUAAAUUUGUUACUGCGGGAAAAUACCGGAUACCCGAUGCCGGCUGCUUAGUGGAAGCCAUUAAGUCUGUAAUCCAUCGAAACCCGAUUAUAUUAGGCAAGCCGAACCCUCAAAUUUUAGGCGACUUGGCCUCCAAAAUUAAGCCGGAUAAGACACUCGUCAUAGGAAACUCGUUAAAGUCGGACAUCCUCUUUGCAAACUUGUGUAAUUUUCAGUCUCUACUAAUUGGAUGUGAAAACGGAAAGCUGGACAAAAUCUAUAAAAUUGUAAAGGAAAAGAAUAAAUUUAAAAUGGGUCUAGUUCCGGAUACUUUCCUGUCCCGACUUUCUCUAUUCAUGCAAUUUCUGUGCGCCGAUCUUCAAACCGAGGACGAUGAAAAGAAAAAAUCUAAGCAAUGCGAUUGAUAAAAGCCGCAACAACAACAAAAAAGAACUCCAACCAAAGCAAAGAAAAAUCCUUACAUUUAAAUUUGACAAAAUAUGGCGCCCUUAAUGGACGAACUUUACAACACGGACAACCAUGCUGCAGUAUAUUGAAAACAUUUUGAUACGAUUUAAAAAUCUAUGUCUUAUCAAAUUUUA